CAAAAUGGCUAAAGACUUCAUUAUGGAGUACAGGAAGGAAGUGAAGGCCGUGUCCUCGCAGAUACAGAUCCCGCCGCUUAUGUACGACGAGAACGACCGGCCGUAUAUGACAGCCAAAGGAAUGCGAAAGUAUUGUAUCGCGAAUGUGGUGGUGCGAGGGAACGGCACCGGGAAAGUCGAUAUUAAUGGCCAAAAUUUGCUAUACUUUGAGUUCAUGCAGGACAGGUAG